UUUUCUGUACUCAUCCGUAAUAUAUAAUGUCAACCCUCUUUGUCUUACAAUCAAACAUUACUAACAACAACAGCAACAGCAGCAGCAGUCGGCUGUCAGCAGCGGUGACACCAUCUUCAACACCGAUAACAACAGCAACAACAACAAACAAACGAUCAACAGGCUACAUGAAUAGCGAACGCCGAUCCUCCUCCUCGGCUGCCUCGUCGUCAUCCACUACUGAUUGCUCGUCUUCGGAUGGAAUUAGUGGGGGCCAUUGUUCUUCAUCCAAUACUUCUGUCAACAACGACAUUGGCCCUAUUCCACAAUCUUCAAACGUCCAUCUUGCCGUUGGCACUCGAGUGAUUGUCCCUUCGCUAUGUGUCAUUGGCACUCUACGCUUCCUUGGCGACACAAAGUUCAAACCUGGUGUUUGGGCUGGUAUCGAGCUGGACGUGGAAGGUGCUGGGAAAAACGAUGGCAGUGUUCAGGGAAUACGCUACUUCAAAUGUCCAGAGCAUACCGGGCUCUUUGUCCAGGCAUUCAAAGUAACACCCAUGCCGAGCGGCAUGGAGAUAUUUGACGAAGAGGAAGAGGAACAGAAACACCAACAACAACAGGAAAAGGAGCUAUCAGUGAAAAAGUCGCACAACCACCCAAGCGCGGAUCGUCCGGUCGCUCGUUCAUGCGCCUCGUCCGGUUGCUGCAGCAAUAAAAUGCGUUCCAGUCAUAGCAGCAGCACAACAACAACAACAAAGUCAGCAGCACCACCAGUACGACGCCCGACGGUUGAACCCAGUCUGACAAAAAGCACUCGAUUGCGCAACAAAAAGACAACCGUUCCUAGUGCUAGCAAAUCUACUGUACGACGAGCAAGUACGAGUAGCGGUAACAGCAACAGCAAUGAUGAUGCUGGUACAAAGCCGAUAUCUUCCUCAAAAUCCACAUUGAGACGCAGUAGCGAUGCUACGCCCAUGAGUAGUCGGAGAUCAGUAGUGCCGCAACAGACUAAGAGUCGUUCAACCGUGACAACCAUCAAGUCUACUGCUUCCAGAAAGUCAACUGUGCCACAAUUGAGCAAGAGCCGCUCCACAACAACUCGAUCCGAUUUACAAAGUAGCGUCACCACUACUACAAUGGCAAUAAGAAGGUCGGCUGUUCCUCAGACAGCAACAGCAACAAUAAUUGGCAAGCGACCCACUAAUGUACCGCAGCAAACCAAAAGCCGAUCAACCGUCACUGCGAGAGACUUGCGCAAAACCACCACACCACGACGACCCACUGCCACGCGUCGAAGCAGUGAUAUUUCCGCCAUCACAACGAGAUCCAUCGCCAGUAACAACAAUACCGCCGCCUUGUCCUCCUCCAUUGUUUCUUCGCCUGCACCACGCACGACCAGCCGCUCUACGACCACGCGACGAACAAAGCAUUCGAUCCACAACCACAGCAGUACCAACAAGAGGGCCAGCAGCAACGACAAUGAGCAUGAGCGGCUCCGUCAAUUGCUCGAAGAGUCUCGCAAAGAGCACGAGAAACUGACACAGGAAUUGACCGGCAAAGAAGCUGCUUGGGAACGCGUGCUAUCGAGCAAAGAAAGCUAUGCGCUGCAAGUCAAGGAAGGCCAGCAAGAGAUCAGACGGCUCAAGGAUACGAUAUCCACACUCGAGCUGGAACGAGAGACAUGGCUCAGCUCAAGGACCGGGUCAGUCGAUGACCAGCAACGAAUCGAGCAACAACAACAACGCAUAGUGAGGUUAGACAAGCUUGUCCAGCAGUUGCAACAACAGCAGAUGGAGACGCAGGCCAAGCAUGACGAGCAAAUGCGGCACCAUGCGGCUGAAAUGGCCCAGCUGCGGCGUGCCCUGGCUGAAAGGGAUAGCGUCACUGCAACUCUGGAAAAAGAAUGCGCAAGUCUUCGCAAAGCCGGGAUGGAUGCGAUCCAAAUGUACGAAUCGUCCACCGACGCGUUAAAGCAACAACAUCAACAGACCAUCGAUUCCAAGCUCGCACAGAUCGUACAACUCUCGGAAGCAUUGGAUCAGCAGCAGAAAAAACAACAGUCCAUGCUGUUGUUGUCGCCAUCCCAGUUGGACAAUGAAGCACAACAUAUCGCUAUAGCGACAGACCAACGCCGUCGGCUCGAGGAGCAACUGCAAAUAGCAACAUUCGAGCUUGAACGCGAACGGUCAGAGAAAAAACAAAAGACUCUCAAAGUCGAUCAAUUGACAGAGGAGAUUGUACGGUUACACCGGGCCGCUUCGAGUAGCGACAAGCAAUUUGAUACAUUACAACAAGAACUCGGCUGGGAGAUCAAGGACAAGCGGAGGAUCAUGGAAGAAGCCAACGUAUUACAACAGAAAUACCUCAAGUUACAAGACAAGCUUGAGGAAAUUACGUUGGCAAACAACAAGCUCGAGCAUGAACUAGCCGAGUCGAAACGCAAAGUGGUUGCGCUGGAUCAGAAAUCGACAGCUGCUGAGCGGUCUUGUCAAAACAUGCAGAAAUCCUACAUGGAUCAGCAACAAGGGGUUGAUGAUCACAACACCCAUUGGUUAAUACUGGACAGGUUCCAGAAACAGUGCCAGCAACUAGAAGCCGAAAAACAGCAGUUGCAAUGCAGGGUCAAGGAAUUAGAGUCAUCGUCUUCACCGACACAUAUUAAUAAUCGAAGGAUCUCGUCUGGACCCGUAUCGCCGCUGUCACCUGUCUCUAUGGCGUCAUUCAGUAGUUUGAUAGGCAGACUGCAGCACGAUGACGAAGAUCAGACUUACUGCGAGAUAUGCGAAGUCUAUGGUCAUGACGUGAUGAGCUGCACAGCUUAUUUGACCACUACACCUGCUAAUACCUCAGAAAAAGAUAAAGUGGACCAUCACCGCGAAAGUGAAAUUUAUUGCUUGGAUUGUGAUGUAUUUGGCACGCAUCAGACGGAAGAUUGUCCAAACAGUGACGAAAUGUUUUAAAAAUAAUUUACGACUCUACACAUAUACUAGACUGCCACUUACCAUUAAACCUCUCCACACCACACCGCUCUUUCUUUCUCUCUCUUCCUUCGCGCAACAUUACAAUUUUGGUGUCUAAUGUCAUAUAGAUAUUCAUAUAUAAAAGUAACCGCCCUUUUUUCUUUCUUUGGCAACAAUGCAUAUAUUAUAUGGAUGUAUACAACAUCCUUUAAUGAGGAACUAGAUAUAUAAC